GGUCCUGGUAAUUGCCAACUCAAUGGGCGCUGGUAUCCAGACCAGCAUGUGUAUCAACUAGACGAAAUUGUAUGCACCUGUCAAAACCGCCUUUUCGAGUGUAACGUGGGUCCGGGUAAUUGCUACCUCAAUGGGCUCUGCUAUCCAGACCAGCAUGUGUAUCGAGUAGGUGAAAUUGUAUGCACCUGUCAAAACCGCCGUUUCGAGUGUAGAGUGAACAGAAUAGCAAGUGAUGAUUCAAGUGUCUGGUCGGGGACCAAUGACGAAGGUCCAGGCUUCAAGUCGGGGACCAUUGACGAAGGUCCAGGCUUCAAGUUUGAUGAUUCAAAUGCAGACGAGCCGGAACCUCAUGCAUCGGUUGACAUUGCCUUCCCUUGA